AUGUCUACCACGAACGGCACCAACGGCACCAAGACCGGCCCCGUUGUCGAUGUGGCGAUCGCCACUAGACCGAACGACCUCGAGGCGGUUCCCGGCCUGCUCAAGGAACUCAAUGCAGGCGUUGACUCCUUGGCAACCGGCGGCGAUGAGGCCCGUCAUGAGCUCCUGCUUAAGGCUCGCUCGAUCGUCCAGGCUCUCGAAGCCCCGAGAGAGACCAUGAUCAAGCAUUGCUGGGCACAGACCGGUGCCCUGGCUGGUAUCAACCUUGGUGUUGACUCGGGCCUGUGGAAGCUCAUGGCGAAGAAUGGCGACAGGCCCCAGAAGGUGGCCGAGUUGGCCGAAGCCCUUGGUGUUGACCCGGCCCUGUUGAGCCGUCUCAUGCGCCAUCUUGGUGCCAUGGGUUACAUCAAGGAAACUGGCCUUGAUGAAUACCAGCCCACCAACUUCUCCAAGUCGUUGAGCAUUCCUAUGAUCGGAGAUGGGUACAUUGCUAUGACAUCAUGCACUGGCGCCGGUCCCCUUCGAUUCCACGAGUACUCUCGUAAGAGAGGUUACAAGAACCCCACCGACGCGAAGGAUACAUCCAUGAUGUACGCAUACAACACCGACAAGGACAUGUUCGCAUGGCAACAAUCACUGGGCUAUGGCACCCACUUCAACCACCACAUGUCCGGCUACCGACAGGGUCGUACGCCUUGGAUGGCCCCCAGCUUCUUCCCCGUCAAGGAGAGGCUCAUCGCCGGCGCCGACACGAGCCCCGAUGCCCCCUUUUUGGUGGAUAUCGGCGGCAGUAUCGGCCACGAUCUGGCCGAGUUCCACCGCUACCACCCCGACGCGCCGGGCAAGCUCAUCCUGCAGGACCUGCCAGUAGUCAUCGGCCAGAUCCAGGAGCUGACCCCGGCUAUCACGCCCAUGGGUCACGACUUCCUGACGGAGCAGCCUGUUAAGGGAGCGCGCGCAUACUACAUGCACUCAUGCUUGCAUGACUGGCCUGAUGAUGUCUGCGAGAAGAUCCUCGCUCAGAUCAAGGCCGCUAUGAAGCCUGGUUACAGCAAGUUGCUCAUCAAUGAGAACGUCAUUCCGUCUACGGGGGCUUGGUGGGAGACAUCGGCUCUUGACAUGGUCAUGCUCACGCUCUUCUGCUCCAAGGAGCGUACUGAGGGCGACUGGUACAACUUGCUGGAAAAGCUUGCCGGUCUGAAGAUUGUCAAGAUCUGGGGCGGCGGCAAGGGUGUGGAGAGCUUGAUUGAGGUUGAGCUUCCUUAG